CGUAUCGGGUAACACACGGGACCUGCCAUCUUGAAUGGCAUGGCUCGGCUACACAGUGCGUGAUGAAGGAGACAUGCGAGCUUUAACACAGACGUUACGCUGGUAUUACGUUGCGUUGGGACCUGCGUGAGACUUAACGACGACCGUAACACAAGAAGGCUCUUCCCCUGUCCCGCACGAUGGAGGCGGUGAAGGCGUUCAACGCGGAGCUCUCUGCUCUCUACGAUGUCAAACCCCCAAUCUCGAAAGCCAAAAUGAAUUCGCUUACACGGGGUGCCAUCAAAGCAAUAAAAUUCUACAAACAUGUUGUACAAAGUGUGGAAAAAUUCAUUCAAAAAUGCAAGCCCGAGUACAAAGUACCAGGAUUGUAUGUAAUAGACUCAAUUGUUCGACAGUCCCGACAUCAAUUCGGGAUGGAGAAGGAUGUGUUUGCUCCACGAUUUGCGAAAAACAUGCAGACUACCUUCCUCAAUCUUUUAAAGUGCCCACAGGAGGAUAAGAGCAAGGUUAUACGUGUAUUAAACCUUUGGCAGAAGAAUGCAGUUUUUCCACCAGAAGUUAUUCAACCACUUUUUGAUCUGGCAGAUCCAAACCAUCCGAUACAUAAAGAACAACCAGUAAAUAGCAAUGGUACAUUAAAUACAUCAUCUGGAAAUAAUUUAAGUAACGUAAGCGCUGUCACUAAGACUCCGCCAUCUGCAAUUAAAAAUGCUGUGAAAGACUCCAAACUUUUUCCAUCUGGAAAAACAAUUGAUCCAGUAUGGCUAGCACAAACAAAAAUGGAAGCGGCAGUCAAUGCAAAUAAACUUUUGAAUCAAUCCAACGUCGGUCAAAUGGAUUCCAAUAUUUUCGACCAGUUGCAACAUUUACAGCAGCUACUUUUGAAAAAGGAUGUUACAAGUGAACAAAAAAGUUCCGUCAAAUUUGAUAAAAAAUUGUUAGAUUUUGAUUAUGGCGAAGAAGAAGACGACGAUGUCGUUGUUACUUCUCCAAAUGCAGCUGCCUCAGCCAAUACCCAACAUAAUGCUGCUUCAACAAAUAGCAGUUUAGAGAGCCUUGGAUUAUUGCUUGCAAAUCCAGAGGUGCUGAGACAGUUACAAACUUUACAACAAACCAUGCAGGGCAAUGCAUCUUCGUCACAACUUGAAAUGGAAGAAAAGAAGCGCAAGCUGCAACAAAUGAAACAGCAGGAAGAAGAAUUUGAUAAGCAUUUAGCACAAACUGUUCCUAAUCUUCCAUUCGCAUCUGAAUGUGAAUUAAAACCUUCUGAUAUUUUAAAACCAAGUACACAAAAUUAUGCAUCAAAUAUGAAUAGCGGUAUGAUGCAAGAUAUGAGCCAGCCACCGCCUGGUUAUCCACCAGCUAUGUCAUACACCUCGCAAUCUUUAUCAAACAUUCGACAAAUGAAUCAGUCCACGCAUCAAAAUCAAAAAAGUCCUUUACUUGAUGAACGUCAAGAGACGCAAGAUUAUUCUGGAAAUAGUAUCAGACGUGAUAGCAGCAGUGUAGAAAUUGUGAACUGCGAAAACACAAGUUCUCAAAGUAGAUCGCCAGAACGGUAUCGACAUCACAGUCGAUCUCGAUCUCCACGGCAUAGAGACAGAGACAGAGAUCGAGAUAGAGAUCGAAAAUCUCGGUCUAGAAGCAGAUCGAGACGAAGAAGAUCUCGUUCAAGGGAUAGAGGCCGUGAUAGAAAACGUGAUGAUAGUCGAGAAAAGAUGACGGAAGAAGAGCGGGAAAAGGAUAGGGAGCGACGCAAACGUGGUUUGCCGCCGAUAGUUAGAGAUAAAUUAAGUGUUUGUAGUACGACACUUUGGGUAGGACAUUUGUCGAAACUCGUACAUCAAGAAGAAUUAUCUGAUACAUUUGGAGAGCUUGGCGAUAUCGUUAGCAUCGAUUUAAUCUCCCCAAGAGGUUGUGCUUUUAUAUGUAUGAAUAGAAGGCAAGAUGCAUACCGAGCGUUAACAAAAUUGAAAAAUCAAAAAAUGCAAGGCAAAGCUAUCACGUUAGCUUGGGCGCCUGGUAAAGGAGUGAAAGGCAAAGAAUGGAAAGACUACUGGGAAGUAGAGCUAGGCGUCAGUUACAUCCCUUGGAAUAAAUUAACUAACAUUACCGAUCAGGACUUGGAGUUGUUAGAAGAAGGAGGAAUGAUAGAUGAAGACACAUUACCUCCCCAUUUGAAAGGAAAAUUGAAACACACUGGCACGAGUGCGGAUGUUCUGCAGCAACAAUUGCAUCUGCAACAACAAGCAAUGGUUGCCGCUGCAAAUGCUGGUGCUCCGAUUCCUACUUUAACGGACGGUAUCGUCAAUGUCAUACAGUCGUCGGCUAAUUCACAGCAGCAGCAGCAACAGCAGCAGCCACAGCAACAAUUAGUCGACACUAGUCAACCUCCACCAAUCAGACCACCAACAUCGGCUGCGCUAUUGCCCCCUCCGAAUACGCAGUUACAAAUGAUGCCGCCAGCAUUUACGAUGCCUGGAGUACCACGAAUGAUUAGCCACAUGGGCCUACAAAUGACGCAUGGAUUAAUGCCGAAUGUUCCGAUUGGAGUGCCACCACCCAACAUGCAAAGUCUGCUGGGACCACCCGGUAUGAUGCAGACUAUGUUGACACCUUCAGUAAACCCGCCAUUUGGUGCAGGCGUUGGCGUAAGUUUAUUGACACAAAUUCCACUGCCCGCACCUGCAGCGCCUUCGGAUAAGCCAAACUCCACCGGAUACGAGAUCCUGAAUAUUACAGGUAUGCCACACAAUGUCCCACCGAUUGGAGUACCGCCGCCUACGUCUGAAACGAGUAUGCCGAAUUUGCCGAUGUUACGACAACCGUAUGGCGUGGGUCCGGCGCCGCCGAUGCAAAUGCCUCAACUACCUCAACAACCGCACCACUCGGACGAUAUGGACGUGGAGAUGGAGGACGCAAUGCCGCAAAGUUUGAGCAGCAACUUGUCCAAGGACAAGCCAAAUCUCAGUGAUCAGUUAAUCGCGGCAAUGAAUAUAGGCAGUAGUGUGAACGACUGUCGUCUGGAGAAUGAUCAGUCUCGUGAAUAUAAGGAACGGGACCGUGAUCGGGAGAACAGGGAAAGGAGAGACCGAAGUGAUCGAGAUCGCGGAGAUCGCAUAGAUAUUAAUGAGUGCAGAAUGGAUCGUAGCAGGGACAGAGGAAGAGGACGGGAUCGCGGUCGAGAUAGACGGAGAGACGGUCGUGACGGUCGCGACAGAGAAAGAGACGAGAGACGCGACCGGGACAGCCGUGAAACUCGAGAAAGUCGGGAGAGCAACAGUAGACAUUUGGAGGGACCGAGUGCGCAAAAUCAAAACAUUCAGGAAGGCGAAGGCAUGACGAAGAAAGAGGGCAAGCCCAGUUUAGCCGAUCGUCUGCGACAAUUGGCAGACGGUACGUUACCGUUGGAUGAUCGAAUGGACAGGAACAUACGUAAUCGCACUGAACGCAGCAAUGAGCGAAAUGAUCGAAACUUUGAAGAAAGUCCCGGAGGCGCAGGAGCACGACGGCCACCCGGUGACAUGCCGAUCUCAUUAAUGGAUCUACCUAAGUUUGGAGGAGUGAUACCUCCGGAUCGAACAGACUUCCCGCGAGGGCCGGAUUUCCGAAGUGGGCCGCCAGACACACGCGAGUUUCCGCAACGCGGCCCACCCGAUCGCCCUGAUCGACAGAAUUUUCCGCCGCGUGGUGGACCGAGGGCUUCGCAAAUGGAUGACUUCAUGGAUCCCAGGAUGCAGCCUGGCAUAUUUCCGGAAGAAUUUGAAGGUAGGCUAGGUCACAAUGGACCUCGACCUGACGAUUUCCCACCGGGCAGACUAGGCCCGGCUCGGGAUGAGUUCGAGCGAUCGGAAGUGCGUCCUCGCAGACCACCCGUGGACGAGUAUGAACGUGAGCGUUUCGAGUACGAGAUGAGACGUGAUGGCUUUGAUCCGCGAAUGCAGGACGGCUUCGAGCUUAGGAGUCACAACGAGCGUUCCGACUUCGAUCUCCGCAGACGAGACUUCUUUGGUGGCCCAAUGGAGCCUGUGUUUGGAAUGCCGCCUUUAAUGGGGCCAAAGGGACCGAGAGGACCGGUUGGACCUGAAGGAUUUGGACCACGUGGUGCCAGGGGACCCGGUCCACUGAUGUUCCAUCCACGUGGUAUGGGCCCGAGAGGUAUGAGGCCCGGGAUGAGGCCACCGUUCGCACCUCGUGGUCCACCGUUCGACCCCAGAGAAGCGGACUCCUUCUUCCGGCCACCGUUUGAUGAUAUGCGCGGUCGCCCAGGACCACACAUCCGACCACCAUUUGGUCCGAUGGGCCCGCCAGCUAUACAUGGACCAGACGGACCAUGGAGAAAUCAGGAGGGCGGUGGGCCACCACCCGCGUCAUGGUCCGGACAAGAACCUGAAGGCCAUGGGCAACGUGAGAAUCAUCUCCCGCGGGACAAGCAAAAAUUAGCGAAACUUCAGGACUUUAAAAACAUGUCCGAGCGAGAGAACCGCAAUCGAAACCGAAAAUCCAGGUGGGGUAAUGUUAGUCCACCGCUGACAGACGACGUAGACGAGAUGCCGUCAGAAGAGACCGAAAGUAAGGUGGAGAUGUCAGAUGGCGCAGAAGCGAAGGAUAGUUUUGAUUCUUCAUCAUUGGCUGCCGAUCAACAAAGUCUUCUGAUACAAAAGGAACAAGACCAGUCAGCAAUUCACGAGCAGGAUGUGAUACAUGGUGACAGAGAAAAUGAGUUUACGAGUAUACCGAACGAUAAGGGUAACGAUGAAAUUAGCUAUCAAAAUGACAAGGGUCAGACCAAUACCUUUGAAAUUGGUGCGGAUCAUUUUUCCAGCAGCGAUUUAGCGCUAAAGCGGAGUGAAGAGGAACAGUGUGAAUAUGAAGCGCCCAUUCCAGCUGAAGAUUCAGCGCAACAUAAUGUGGUACAAUCGAUCGAACAAAUAGGGCACGCCAGUGAAAAUCAUAGUGAGCAAUCAGUGGAACAGCAAGUGGAUUCGUUAUAAACGAAAACGCGAGAGGACAGGAAGGAAAAGAUCAAUAUUGGGAAAAUUACCAAAGUAAAGUAUAGAGAAUCUUCAGGCAGAUUCGUGUAAAAUAUCGUUUAAAUCGAUACGAUGUACAUAGAGUCGUGCUACAGUAAGAGAGCGAGAGAGCGAGCGAGAGAGAGAAAGAGCGAGCGAGAGAGAGAAAGAGAGAGAGAGAGAACGCGCGCGAGAAAGACAGAGAGAGAGAGAGAGGGGGAAAGAAAAAAAGUGAAAACAAUUCGAUUUUACAGACUCAGAAUUAUCGCACUCUGGAGUGGUGGGGGAGCUGUUGGGUCCAGUGAGUUGUUUUGAGUAUCUUUCAGUCGUCAGAAUAUUCAAUUGUUGACUCUCGUGUAAGUCUUAAUCAAGAUUUCUUCCCAACUGAAAUCUGCUGCUUAGAUAAUUGCUGUGAUAGAGUGAACACAGGACCUGUUUAUUCGUGUAGAGGUAUAUACAGAGAUCAAUUCUUAAUCGAAAUUCUUUUAUUAUAUUCUGCCUUUUUCUUCUUUAUCUUUUACGUUAGAGAUAACAAUUAUGGAUGACGCAUAGAGUUUUAUUUGUAUAUAUAUAUAUAUAUAUAUAUAUAGACACAUUUAAAAGAAUUCCAUCAUUGCCAUCUAUACGAGAUCAGUCUCCAGUCAUUCUUUCUAUAAUUUUAAUAAGAACUUUCCUGUAGUUAAUUUUGAAUCAUCGUAUCGGGUAUUGUACAGCGAGAGUAUCGUACCUCAUGUCCCUUUGGUGAGGAUUAAUUUAUUGAAUUGUACAUACUUUUAUAUUUUCGUAGCAGAACAAAUGAAUAAAUAUAAUGUGCUGAUUGCCAUUGCUCAAUCAAAGAAAGAAAAAGAAUAAAUAUUUUAUAUAUAACGUCUUUGAUAACAAAAGAAACAUGGCCUUGUUAUUCCGAUACGCGUAGCUCCCAGUCACGAUAAAAUGAAAACGACAGAUUAAGUCUGCACGUGUAUAAUAUACGAAUUAUAUUUCUAGGCAUCUACAGAGACAUGUACAUAACACUUUUCAAAAUAUCUUUGUCUCUCUUUUCGUUUUUGGUAUUAUUUUAUCAAUUUAUGUGAAAUUAGUUUAGUCUUCCCAUCGAUUCUGCACAAUUGAACAAUUCAAAUGACUUGGUUUAAUUCUCAACGCAUAUUCAUUUUAUUCUGCAUGAGCAGAUUUAAUAUAAUCUGUUUGAAUAUAAAACCGAGAAUGAUUAUAAAAGUGACGCGUGUUCCACGCGUAUACCACGCGCUUCCAUAUAACUUACACAUCUUAUUACACGCGCGUACAGACAACUUGGUUCCUGUGUUCACAAACGCACAUAUUACACGGCGCAGCGAUGGAAGACACGUGCUUGCGCUCAAACUGAGUGACAAGUGCAAGGUAUUGUUCCCAAUUACUUUUACGUACCAGUUAGUCAAGAAAAUGUGACACUAAGAUGAUUUUAAGAGAGCCACCUGCUUGGCCGCCACCACUCCAGGAUGAAAUUCGUCGAUACAUAUACUACUUUAAUUAUUAUGUAUCUUUAACGAUUAGAGAACACUUGCUAAGAGAUGUUAUUAAGAGAGAACGACUUCCAAAGUUGAAAUGUCCGAUCCGUGUUGCAGUUGUUGGACUCGUCAACUGAAUCGACUCUUUGAUUCUGAUAUGUUAAUAUUAAACGUUCACUUCGCGCCUUUAAUGAUAAAUAAACAACUGGAUUGUUAAGAGAUAAUCACUGGUAGAUAGACUUUCUAACGAGCCGUUAAAGUAGGAUACGAUAGCAUUAUUUCGACGCGUAUAACGACAAUGUUUGAUAUUUUCACAUUAGGACGCAUGUAUGCCUAUUUCCUUGCUUUGAGCUUACUUUACUAUAAGUUUCGUUUUACGAACAUAUAUUCAUAUAUGUGAAUCCAUGGAACAAAAACAGCAACUGUAUUUAAGAGCGUAUACUUAAUAUGGAACAUAAAUAUAAAUUGACAAAAUA